UCAGAGCAACCGCGGUCCUUCCCAGAUACAGUUCACCAUGCAUAUUUAAAGGCCACUUGAGCAUCAAAAGUAAUGCUUUUUGCACUGACUCCUCUUCUCUCAGACUAACCACUCUCCAGCUGGUGAAGAAUCACAUGGCUGUUCACUAUAAUAAAAUUCUUUCAGCCAAAGCUGCAGUAGACUGCUCAGCUCCCAUAAGUGUAACUACCAGCAUUAAAUUGAAGAAGGCCAAGCGGGAAGAACUGGCCAACUUGAUGAACCAAUAUUAUCCAGGAGAGCAGGCCUGGAAUGUGACACUCAAGAUCUUUGGCAAGAUGAACCUGAAGGAUCUGUGUGUGAGAGCAAAAGCAGAGAUCAAAUGGGCAGCCCAGACCAUGAAACCAGAGAAUGCUAAGGCCAUGGAGGUGGAAGCACAAAGAGAUCAGGAGGCAGUGAUGGGUGAUGGAACAGGAUAUAGAAUGAAAAUAAAGGAAAAAUUUUGCAUCGUGUGGGAUAAGAACUCUUUGCUCAGAAAGCCUGCAGAUUUCCAUCAUGGAGUGACUCAGGAAGAGCGAAAACUCUUGGAACAUUUGUUUGAUGUGGAUGUCAAAACUGAUAAGCAGCCACGGACAGUGGUGCUUCAGGGAGCUGCUGGAGUUGGGAAAACAACGUUGAUGAGAAAGGCAAUGUUAGACUGGGCAAAGGGCAGUCUCUAUCAGCAGAGGUUUGCCCAUGUUUUUUAUCUCAAUGGGAGAGAAAUUAGCCAAAUGAAAGAGAGCACCUUUGCCCAGUUAAUAUCAAAGGACUGGCCUAUCACAGAAAUUCCCAUUGAGCGGAUUCUAUCCCAGCCAAGUAGUCUCCUUUUUAUUAUCGAUAGUUUUGAUGAACUGAACUUUGCCUUCGAGGAACCUGAGUUUGCACUGUGUGAUGACUGGACACUGGUACACCCAGUGUCCUUCCUCAUGAGUAGUUUGCUGAGGAAGGUGAUGCUUCCUGAGUCGUCCUUAUUGGUGACAACGAGACUCACAGCUUCUAAGAGACUAAAGCCUUUGUUGAAGAGCCAGCGUUAUGUAAAGCUACUAGGAAUGUCUGAGGAUGCAAGAAGGGAGUAUAUUUAUCAGUUUUUUGAAGACAAAUCAUGGGCCAUGAGAGCACUCAGUUCAAUAAGAAACAAUGAGAUGCUUUUUAGAAUGUGCCAAAUCCCCCUGGUGUGCUGGAUUGUUUGUACUUGUCUGCAGCAGCAAAUGGAGAAGGGCAGCAAUAUCACAAUGAUCUGCCAAACAACCACAUCUCUGUUUACAUGCUAUAUCUCAAACUUAUUUUCACGAGUAGAUGGAUGUUCUUCUAGUCUACCUAACGAAGCCCAGCUGAGGAGCCUAUGCCGCUUGGCUGCCAAUGGUGUGUGGACCAUGACACAUGUGCUUUACAAGGACAAUCUCAGAAAACAUGAGUUAACCAAAAUCGAUAUCUCAACGUUUCUGGACAUGAAUAUUCUUCAAAAGGACACAGAGUAUGAAAACUGCUAUGUGUUCACCCACCUCCACAUUCAGGAAUAUUUUGCAGCUAUGUUUUAUAUGUUGAAAGUCGAUUGGGAAGCCAGAGACCAUUCUGUCCAGUCUUUUGAAAGCUUGAAGCUGUUACUUGAAAGCAAAAGUUAUCAAUACCCCCAUUUGACACAGAUGAAGUGCUUUUUGUUUGGCCUUUUGAAUGAAGAUACACCCUCAGGGGAACCGCAAGACCAGGAUGUGUUAAUAGAAAUGAAUGGAUUUCCAUCCUUUGAGAAGUCGCUAGUACCUUCUUCAAAGAGACCCCUCAGUCUUCCUAAAUCGGAUAAAGCCCUCCUGAACAGCACUGAGAACACCAGCUUCUCUCCAUCCAGCAUGGAUUACACCACCUCCCGCCCUGCGAAAACGUGCUCUGGAACCAUGUAUGGCAGAAGGCCUAGGAGCAUGUUCCCAAAUUCUCAUCGCUUCCAGUUAGUCAUUUCAAAAGCACCCAGUGGGGAUCUUUUGGAAAAGCAUUCUGACCUCUUUUCUAACAAACACUUGCCAUUCACUCCACGCACUUUAAAAACAGAAGCAAAAUCUUUCCUAUCACAGUACCGAUAUUAUACACCUGCCAAAAGAAAAAAGAAUUUUACAGAUCAACGGAUAGAAGCUGAAACUCAGACUGAAUUAAGCAGCUUUAAUUCUGAUGUUUGGACAGCUGAGACAAAGAACUUGACAGAUUCAGAAGUGAACACGAAGCAGGCAUCUAACUAUAUGACAUGUGGUACCGAAGAAAAAAUAAUACCUUUACCUUUACAAGGGCACAACCUAACAUGGGACAAGAUCAAAGAUGGUACUCUGCAACAUUCCCCAGAAAGGACAAUGUGUCAGUAUUCCGUGCAGCUUCCUUCAGACAAUAAAAUCUACUCUGAUGAAGAAGAACUGUUGUAUCUGAAUUUCAUUGAAGAUGUAACAGAUGAAAUUUUGAAACUUGGUUUAUUUUCCAACAGAUUUUUAGAACGACUGUUUGAGCGGCACAUAAAACAAAACAAACAUCAUCUGGAGGAGGAAAAAAUGCGCCACCUGCUGCAUGGCCUAAAGGUAGACUUAGGCUGCGUAUCUGAGGAAAAUUCAGUAAAGCUAAAUGAUGUCAGUAUGUGGAAUUUACUUGACUUUCAAAAGGCUAUGGAUUCAAAACAAAAUAAAUUUAAAACUGAAAAUGAUACAGAUAUUCAACAGGAAUGUCGACAAUACCAAAAGGCUUUGGAUAUGUUAUUGUCUGCACCAAAGGAUGAGAAUGAGAUGGUUUCUUCACCAGGUGACUUUUUCAUGCCCAUUUAUAAAUCAAAGUAUUCAGAAGAUUCAGAAGGGGUUUUAAUUCAACCGGUGACUGAAGAAACAGAUCUUGUGUCUUCAACUUGGGACAAAAACAGUCCAAGUUCAGACCGUUUAAUAGACCAGGAAACCUCUGUGAAUGUCAUUGAAGGUGAUAGUGAUACUGAAAGGGUUGAGACUUCAGGUGAAUUAUGUUGUCUUAGCACGUCACUCAUCCGGUCUGAUCAGUUCUCCAGCAUCAGAAGUGGCAACAAUCAUGGCAAUGAAUUACCGACUCUUAAAGUCAUGGAAAUGAGCAUUGAAGACUGUGCUUUGGAUGUUUGAUCUUCAUUAAUAAAUACCCCACAUGGCCAAUAACUCAAUACUAUUUUUCUUUUUUCCCCUUAUAUGUUAAGAUGUCUGUAUAGUUUUCUGUGCUGCCUAAUAAAUUAUCACAAACUCAGCAGCUUAAAACACCAUACAUUUAUUAUUAAUCUCAUAUUCUCUGUGGCUCAGGAGGUAAACACAGCACAGGUGGGUCCUCUGUGCUGGGUCUCACAGGGCUACAAUCAAGGUGACAUUCAGAGUGUGGUCUCAUCUAGAGGCUUAACUGCGGGGAGAAUCUGCUUCCAAACUUUAGUAGUUGUUGCCAGAAUUCUUUUCCUUGCAGCUGUAGAUCUGAGAGCUUCAUUUGCUUGCCAGGUGAU